AUGGCCUCGGAAAGUCUCCACAAUGCUCCUCCGCAUUCCCAGGAAGUACUGGGAGUGGAGGAUGCGAGCAAGCAAGAAACCGCGUCUAGGACAGACAAUCCGCCUACUAAUGAGCCCGGUGGCGGGUUCACGUUGCUUAUGACUGUUGUCGCUUUGGCACUGAGCAUGUUUCUGACCAUUGUCGCCACAGCCAUCCCAAAGAUCACAGACGAGUUUGGCGGAAUCCAGGACGAGGCAUGGUACGGAUCAGCUUUUUUUGUCACGCUGGGGAGCUUUCAAGCGGCAUGGGGGAAGGCCUACAAGUAUUUUCCGCUCAAGAUAUCCUUCCUGGUGUCAAUCUUCCUCUUCGAGGUUGGCAGUUUGAUCUGCGGUGUCGCACCGAAUAGCAUGGCGCUCAUCAUCGGACGCGCCAUCACAGGUGUCGGCGGCGCUGGAAUCUCGUCAGGGGCCUUCACCAUCAUCGCGUUAUCCGCGCCCCCAAAGCAGCGCCCCGCAUAUAUUGGAAUAUUAGGUGCCUCGUACGGCGUCGCCGCGGCAAUUGGACCGCUCGUUGGCGGAGCGUUUACAACCCAUGCUUCUUGGCGAUGGUGUUUCUAUAUCAAUCUCCCCGUCGGCGGAGUGGCCGGUGCCAUCAUCCUCUUCUUCUACCGGCCUCCACCUCCGUUGCCCUUCCUGGAUGCGCCGCUGAAAGAGAAGAUACUCCAGAUGGACCUCCUGGGGACCCUGAUUCUCGUUGCGUCGAUGGUCUGCUACGUCCUUGCCCUGCAGUGGGGUGGUGCCUCGCGGUCCUGGGACGAUUCCACCGUAAUUGGCACCCUGGUGGGGUUUGUCGUGCUGCUGGCGGUCUAUGCCACGGUACAAUGGGUCCAAAAAGAGCGCGCCGCCAUGAUUGGACGCCUGUUCCGCCGAAAUGUCGUGAUCAUGAUGGUAUACAUUGACCUGCUCGCGGGCACCUUUUUCCUGCUGGUCUACUACCUGCCUAUCUACUUCCAGGUGGUGUCGGGGGCCUCGGCAGCCCAGAGCGGCAUCCGCAACCUGCCGUUGAUUCUAGCCCAGAGUGCAUCGACCGUCAUCUCUGGGGUGAUGCUCAGUAAGGUCGGAUAUCCCCAACCAUUCCUCCUCGCCGGGGGAGUGCUCACCGCAAUUGGGUCGGGCUUGCUGUACACACUUGAGAUUCACACCGGCUCGGGCAAAUGGAUAGGUUACCAGUUGCUGGCUGGUUUUGGCGUUGGCUGGUGCUUCCAGGUGCCAGUGGUGACGGCCCAAGAGUCCGUCGCGCCGGAGGACCUGCCGUCGGUGACGGCAAUGGUAUUGACUGUGCAGACGCUCGGGGGAUCCUUAUUCGUGUCGGCCGGCCAGUCCGCCAUGGUCAAUGUUCUUCUCCAGACCCUCCGGCGGGAGACGGCCACCGUCGACGCCCUGCAGGUCGCCAUGACUGGGGCCACGGAGCUCCGAGACAGGUUUUCUGUCGCCCAGAUGAAGUUCAUUCUGACGGCGUAUAUGAAAGGUAUCCAAACGGCAUUUCUGGUAGCGGUAGUCGCGUCCAGCGUGGCCACCGUGGUCUGUUUGGGGACACGGUGGAUCAAAUUAUCGGGCCAAACUACUGCGGUGGCGGCAUAA